AAACAUCGCGAACGUCUCAUAGAGUCGACGUCGUUGUUCCUCGCGUACAAACAAACAAACCACGAAAUAUCUUAUACAAAUCGUGAUAAUUAUGAUAAUCAUCGAAUUAAACUCUACAGUGUUUCGUUUUGUGUGAAGGAUACCAGUUAAGUGCCCGUACGGGAACCAUGUGACAGAAUUAUCAACGUUUAAUUUCAUUUGUGAUAGUGACAAGUGUGUACAUUCUUUCUUUUGCUUGUGAAUCAACUUUGAAUAUGAUGGAAACUCGUAACUAUUGGGAGGAAAAUGUCCAUCCCGUUAAAUAUGACAAUUACAACUCCAACGAUGGCUUCGGUCGCGGCGAGGCGCACGGCUACGCGCCGCCGUCGGAGGACGAGGCGGAGUACCCGCCCGGCGCGUACCUCAAGAAGGGGAAGGUCUCGAGGCAAGACCCUAUGUCCCACCGGAUCAUAGAGAAGCGUCGUCGAGACCGCAUGAACAACUGCCUGGCCGACCUCUCGCGCCUCAUACCACCGGAGUACCUCAAGAAAGGCCGAGGCCGGGUGGAGAAGACAGAGAUCAUUGAAAUGGCAAUCAGACAUCUCAAGUUCUUGCAGGACCGUGUUAAUGCGGCGGAGCGGCAGGCCUCCGACGAGUUCCGCGGAGGCUACCAGGAGGCCGUGGCUGAGGCCGUCCGCUUCCUCGUCGAUGUGCAGGGCUUCUCCCCCGCCGACGGCCUCUGCGUGCAGCUCGCCACGCAUCUGCAGCGGCACUGCGAUGGCGUCACCAAAGGUGAUGUGAUGCUGCGAGAGAAGACGCGAACACAUCCCGGGACGUCAUCUUCAGAGACGACGAGUUCUUCGAGCAGUUCCCAUGGAUACGCCGUAAAGGUGAUCCAGAGGCCGGAGUUGCCGCCCGCCUUCGUACCUGAACCUUAUGAGCAGGAUCCACCCUCUGGACAGCAUUACCCCAUGGAAUGUGAAAGAGUACAAAACCAAGUGCCGGCCGAGGGCGCCACCGAGCCGCUGCAACUAGACGGCCGCGCGCGCGACGCGCUGCGGAAGGUCCGCAAGCUCGACCACAACGACGACUACCUGCACUCCUACAAGUUCAAGAACUCUAUCGAGAGGCGGUUCAGCAGAUCGCAGGACACAGAGAUGACUGACGCAGCGGCGCACAACGGCACGAACGGCGCACCUCACGGCAAGAUGCUGAAGCGGCGCCGCGCGCUCAAGCCUGCACCGCCCUCUGCAUCCACGUCCGCCUCCACCUCCACCGAGGACGCGCCGGACACCUCGCCACAGGACACGUCCAGCGAGUCUCCGCACAACCACCAUUAUGACAAGCCUCAGCCACCCACUCAGUACGUGCCAGUCUUCGCUCUCAAUUCAUUAGGAAAAUACUAUGUGCCAUUAAGCGUAGACUACACCUGCAUAGCACGGCAACUCGGCACCAUGGACUCGGACACGCGGCCCAUCACGGCGUUACAUCCCGUCACCAUACACGUCAACUUCCCCUGCCUCAACUACCACGUCAAGCGCGAGCCGGGCGAGCGGCAGUGGCGGCCUAUGUAGGCCGGGGACAGUGCCUGCCUGUCUGGACAUAGGACUGAUUCGACCAGUGUAGAGAGAGGACUGCGUCAUCCUGUACAAACAGGGGACUGUGUCGACCUGUGUGGGCAGGGGGACUGUGUCAACAAAGUGUAGACUAAGAACUGUGCCACCCUGUGUGGACAGAGGACUGACAACCUGUGUAGGCAGGAGACUGUGUUAAUUUAUGUAGACAGUAGAGUACCGUCUUCUGUCUUCUUUGUGUUAUGUAAUAAGAUUAGUUGACAAGUGCAUAACGAAAGGCCAUCAUAACUGAAAUUGAUGGUGUUUGUUGAGAUUAAUCACCUCAACCUUAAAGCUUUGGAUACAAUGGAUUAUAAAACAAAAUACUUGCUAUAAAAGCCAAAUCCACGCUACUUCAAGUUAAUUGACGCCGAUUCAAAUGAAAUCAUAGUUUUUUAAAUUCGUCAGUUUCAGCAAGUUAUCUUGGAUAUGAAAGCAAAAUUUAACACAGAAGUUAUAGCAGGUUUAUUAAACAAGCUUUUAUUUCACAGGUUUCGUUAUGUAUUUGACUUGAUUGGAACUUUAGUUAACUAACUUGAGUUUAAAUCAACCUACACUAAGUAAGUCUAUUUAGUCGUAAACAACAUCUAUAACCUCAGUUACAUGUAAUACGAUUAUGUCUAAUUAAAUAAAAUAUAAAUAUGUGCCAAAAAUUAAUUUCGUACAAUGCUGCUGGUACAGCCGCGUACCUAUUUAAAUGUUUAAAUAAUAACAUGAUUUCCUGAGGAAUAUCGCUGUAAAUCUUUGUCCUGUGCACUGCCGUGCACCUUUUUUGUUUGAUAAGGGGGUACCUUGACAACAUUUAUCUGUAGAGAUUUUGUUUAAGCUGGAUUCACACGCACAUACAUGCUCGACGUGCAAGUAAUAGUCAUUCCUCGACUAAACAUAAUACUCGCCUCGGACCAUAAUUCGUUGUGAGACUGUGCAUGAGUCGUAGACAGAGAAGUCUAAUAAGAUAAUUUGUGUUCUGUAAGUUUAAAAUUGACAUUUCGACAUCCCAAAAUACUAAACUGAACCAUUUUUUCAUUAAUAUAUUUUAAGCUGACUGGUUACUUAUAAUUUUAACAAGUUAAGGCUGGUAUUCUUUGCAUAUAUAUUUACAUAGUCCUACGGAAAGAAAUGUAUGCUUUCUGUCGGUCUAUAUACUUUUCUGUCUACGGUCUAGGAAAUGACGUGACGUCACAGGAAAUGUGAAAACGAUGUCUAGCACUCUUAUUUAAACUGUGUACAAUACACAAACACAUUGUGUGUACUGUGUAUCCUAUGUGUUGAGAUGCCAAGAAAAAAUAAUUAAGAUAUAGCUCGGCAGUGUAUUAAUGGUCAUUAUUUAAAUGCGUAUCGAAUAGGGGUCUAAGUGUAAUAUAAAAAUGAAAGCUGAUUUAAAUUCAAAGCAGGGUGUCGGCAAAUAAGGGGUGCUGUAAGAACGAAUUUAUUACUAAGAAAAACGGCAAAACAUUUAUUAUUGUCUAAUUUUUGGAUAUAGUUAUUCUCAUAUAUGAUUUUUAUAAAUGCGACCAAUUUAAGAAUAUACUUAUUUGUUUAGAACUGGUUUCACGCUUCCAAUUUCUAAUAUUUAUGAGCUUUUGUAUGAACAGAAAUGAUUAUAGAUUACACAUUCAUCUUGUCCAUGUACUGUAUUCUGUAUUGUAUUCUUACCAAAAUUUUAAAUAAUAAGUAAGUAUCUAGAAUGCCAGCUAACAAGUAAUUCCUCUGAGGAGAGGACAAUCCUAUUUUAAAAUUAGAAGCGUUUUUAGGUACGUGUUAACUACUAUCAAUCUGUUAAAAUGCUAACUUAUUUUUUUAUGUUUAGUCACAGAUUUUAGAUAUCUAAUUAGCAUAACACAUUUUUUUUUUAAUAUUUGAAAAUAGAAAACGUAGGAUAGAACAGUACUACAAACAAUUUUCGUUAAGCAUUUCAACCAGAUUGUUGGUAAAAUACAAAUCAACUUAAUUAUUUUCAGAGAUUUCUAUAUAUUAAUUUGUAUAAAGUAGGUACCUAUAUAGAUUAUUCUUAUUGUAAAGUAAUAUAAUGUAAAGAAAUUAUAUUUAUUUAAAUGUUGAUACUACAUUAUACUUGUUACAUAUUAUUUGCUUAAAUUAAAUAAUUUUACAUUCCAUUUGCAUAUGAAACUUAUUCUACCGGUGUAAUGUGGUAUUUGGUAUUGAUUAUAAAAUAUUAAAAAUAUAGUUUAACAUGAAAUUUUUGUUAUCUCGUUAAAGUUUAUGAACAAGUUACAAGAUACGAUUAUAUCGAUAUAUUUCUUUAAAAGUUAUGCCCAUCACUAAAGUCCGGCCGCUCAGAGAUUGCGUUUCUGACACCUGUCAAUGUCACCUUUUUAACCGACUUCCAAAAAGGAGGAGGUUCUACGUUCGGCUGUAUGUAUGUUUUUUUUUUUUUUUUUUUUUUUUAUGUAUGUCCAGCGAUAAUUCCGUCAUUUGUGGACCGAUUUUGAAAAUUCUUUUUUUAUUUUGAAGGGUUUGAUUCCAGGGUGGUCCCAUUUUUUUCAUGUCAGGAUCUGAUGAUGGCAUCCUGGAGAAAUCGAGGGGAACUUUCGAAAAUCGUAGAGACGGCUAGUGCGUUUGUUAGUGUUUCCAUAAGGUAUUUUAAACCACUACACUUUUAUGAAGGUCUGGAGUUGGUCUGAUGAUGGAGCCGAAACACAGACGAUGGAACUCGACAACGAUUUACAGCAGGUACCUUUUGUUUGGGCUUCAUUUAUUUGUAUUGAUGAGAACUUUCCACCUAGAUGGGUUGUGACUGUAUUAAGGGUCUGAUGAUGAAGGCGAAGGACAGUUAAGAGAACUCCUCAACGGUUCACAGUAGCUACCUUGUGUUUGGACUUGAUAAAUUUGUAUUGAUGAGAACUUUCCAACCAUAUAGAUUGUGACUGCAUAAGGGGUCUGGUGAUGAAGACGGAGGACAGUCACCUUUCACGUUUUUCUGAAUAUUCAUAUUACGUGUGGAUAAAGGGGGAAAGAAAUUUUGUAUAUGAGUUAAGGUAGUAUUUUUAAAAUUGGGAUUGUAGGACUUAGAUACUUAUCAGAAGAAAAUUACGUUUCAACUAAUUGCUUAUUAAUUUUUGUUCACACUCAGUAGGUGUGCUAACACUAAAAAUUAAAAAAUAAAAAUUUUAAUAAAAAAAUUCAACCGACUUCCAACUCAAAAAUUAACCUAUACUAAAAAGCAAAAAAUAACAUCUUACCUAUGUGCUACCUUCUGAUCAGUUUGAAGGCGGUGCCAAUCCAGUGUCAUGUUUUAAUUAAAGCCGUUUCUGAAAGAACCACAGAAAUUUUGUAACUUAAACGGCUUAAAUUAAAACAUCACUGGCUUGGCACCGCCUUCAAACUGAUCAGAAGGUAGCACAUAGGUAAGAUGUUAUUUUUUGCUUUUUAGUAUAGGUUAAUUUUUGAGUUGGAAGUCGGUUGAAUUUUUUUAUUAAAAUUUUUAUUAUAUUAGUUAAUAUAUUAAUUCUUAAUCAUUUUUCCCAAAAUGAACGUUAUGUGGGUACGGUUAUUGUAAGUUGGCAAAAUUAUUAAAUUUUUACUCGUUAUUAUGGUUAUUUUAUGAUAUUUAUAUAUCAUAUUGACAUUGACAGGUGUCAGAAACGCAAUUUCUGAGCGGCCGAACUUUAAGCAUCUCCAUGAGGCCAGUAAGUGCAAGCGAGAUAAUUGAUUUAUGGGCGACGAGCCAGUUCAGCUUACUAUAAGUAGAUUGUGAGCCUGAUUACAGUUCGAGGCUCCCUUGUCAUCAGGUAUGAAUAUUUCCGCAAACUAUGCAUUGCAUUAUUUGUAUACUCAGAGGCAAAAAUAAUCAUAUUUCAAAAUUAGUCAUAUUAAAGAGGGCGGGUAAUUGUGCCUCUGAGUAUAUUAUUAAACUUAUUUAUUAUGAUUCGAUAGUGACGUUGAGCGUUAGGUAUGGAUCUAUAGGUUACACUCUAUACCGUUAACCAUGUAGGUAUCUUAAGUAUCUCCUUUAAUAGUUAAUCAAUGCAAUAUGGGUAUUUUACUGACCAUGGUGCCAUCACCCUGGUUACUCUGAACAGAAAACUUUGUAACCAUUUCGGCUGACAGCAACCAAAUACCCAGAUGGUAACAAAAAGAUUUUUAGGUCAUUUACUUACCAUGUUCUGGUUUUUUACAUAUUAUAAAGAAAUAAAUAUGUACAUUUAUAUUAUUAUCUAUAUUUUUGUAUAAUUAGGUAAUUGUUGGUGAAAGUGAACACAGAAGACUGUAACACUUGGUGAAGAUAAUAUUUUAGUGUUGUUAGUUCCGGCUGUGAUAUAAGAAUGUACCUACUAGUCAAGUGCAGUAAUCCUUGACAAAGUUGAUUUUUGGAACAUUAUUUUUGUUAUAAGACUUGUAGAUUUUAUAUGGUAACGCUAGAUUUAGAAAUAUGUCUAUAUUAUAAAUAUUCAGACUAAAAGGAAAUAAAUGCCCUAGCUUGAGAUUCAAAUAGAAUCUAUUUUCUAUUUUUCCUUAGUCUGUGUUAUCUAUUAAGAGAGAAAUUGUCGCCAUUUUUCAUUUUGUUUUGGACUAGCAACACGAUAAACUAUUAUUUUAUUUUUGUGUUAUUUUGUUAGUCAUAAUUUUCAAAGAUGUUUAAAAUAAACAUUUAUAA